UACACUCAGCUUAGAAAAUAUGGAGCUUCAGUUGCAUAGGAGCUGCUUACCUCCUUCUAUCUAGCAGGUGAUGUACCGUACCUUAGGAGGUACCUAAUGAGACGACACCCGGUGAAUUAUACGCCAUCGAUCGGCCCUGAUAUCGCCAAGACCUAGUAUAAGUAAGCCUCGGGACAUCAGCUUCGACAAGUUGAUAAGAGAACUGGAACAUUACAUUUAUCUAUCAUUCAUCAUUCGUAAAUACGGUCUCAACGAAAUAACUCAACAUUACUCAGACAGAACCAAUAGGUCGUUCCCGUCUCAUUUAACAGCGGCAAGCAACACACAUCUUCCUCUCAAUAAUAGACUCUUUCCACCAAAUAUACUAUAGUCACACUCUAUAUUCUUAUCAUCGGAUUACCUUACACAUUUCAUUGCCAAAAUGACUACCGAAACCACCGUCCGAACGUUCUUCAACUCCCCUCAAUUCGCCGUUGUAGGCGCGAGUACGAACCCCGCCAAGUUCGGUCAUAAGGUCUUCACUUGGUACCACGCGCACUCCCUCCCCGUAACGCCCAUCAACCCAGCGAGCGCGAGCAUCGAGACGCCCUUCGGCGUGCACCCGACGGUCAAGUCCCUCGCGGACCUCCCGGACCCGCAGCACACCUCGCUGUCCAUCAUCACCCCGGCGCCCGUGACCCUCGGCGUCCUCAAGGAGGCCAAGAAGCUCGGCAUCCCCGCCGUCUGGCUGCAGCCCGGCACCUGGGACGACGAGGUCAUCGGGUACGCGCGCGGCGGCGCCGAGGGGGCCGAAGACGCCGGGUACCCUGGCGCCGUGGUCGCCGGGGACGGCGGUAGCGGCCACGGCGGCUGGUGCGUCCUGGUCGACGGCGAGCGCGGCCUCAAGUCCGUUGGUAAAUUGUGAGUCGAUUGUUUCCGUCGUGCUGCUGCUGUGGCAGCACCAACUCCUACGAGUUAAGCGAUGAGGCUUAAAUUGCUAGGAAGAGGCAUGGGCUGGGAAAGCUUGUGGGAGCGAUGUGCGCUCUGAUGUGAGCGCGCUGCGAAUUUCGCGCCGACGUCACUUUCCGACGGACAGAUAAUCUUU